ACCCUAACACCGGGUCGACACUCGGACCCAAACGGGCCAAACUUCCCAAGUCCCAAAUCUGUUACCCGCCAUUGCCAAUACCGCAUCACCGCUUAAACCACUCCCACGACGUUAGGGUUUCGUCUUCAUCUACAAGGCGACAAUCGGCGACCAGACUCACGGUGGCUACCACUAACACUGCACUCGUCUCUCUCUCUAUUCGUACCAAGUUCUAAGGUUGUAUUAACAGCUUAAAAAACCAAAUCAUCAAACAUGGGCAAGACCAGGUCAAGAUCAGAUGGAUCAACCCAUGCUGACCGCAAAUUUGAAAAGAAACUGGAGUUCUAUACUAAGGUUAGAGAUACUGUUGCUUCAUUAACUACCCAAAAGGUUAUCAGUAAGAAGAAAAAACUUAGAAGCCGACAGAAGAAAUUAAAAGCUUAUGAUCUCUCGACUCUCGCGGAGUUCCUUCCUGAGUUGAAGGCUCAACAUCAACCAACUACUGCUGCCGAGUUUAAACUAAAUUGUAAAUCCAGGCAAAAUCUAGUAGUGAAGGAAGGAAAUCAAUUGAGAACAGUUCUUAACCAUCAUGAGUUCCAGUUGGACCCGUUGGCUGCUCUUCAUCGACACUUACAGAGCACUCAACCUGUCACGGAUGAGAAACCAGAGAGAAGGAAAAACAAAAAUGGAAAGAAGACGAAAAGGAAAAAGAAUAAAGCUCAGCCUGGACCUCAAUCCAUGGAGAUCUGAUUUAAUAUUCGGUCUUCUUCGGUUUAAUGUUGUUCAUUUCUGUUGAUUCUGUUGGAAAUUGUGGUGGUCCUAAUAUGACCUCUAGCAAUUCAUGUUUGUUCUUUUAACUCAAUGGGCGUCUCUUGCUAAUAUUCGUUUCUUUGGGUUAUUGCUGAAAUGAAUUUUUUUCUUCUUGGCUGAUAUUAUGAGCCAUUGGUUAUUUUGUUAA